AUGAGCUCGGUAUUCAAGCUCGAUCUAUUCGCAAUGAUUCCCACGGACUUCAUCUACAUCUACAGUGGCCCUACACCAAUCUGGCGUCUAAACAAACUAACAAAGGUAGUUUUUCCUGAAAAAUCUAUUCUGAAGAGCAAAUUCGGUAACGCCUACAUACGCUGCUUUUACUUCACAGCAGCCGUCGCCACCUCAACGGGGAACAAUCCGGCACCUACGAACGUUAUCGAAUAUGUGUACAUGACGUGUUCCUGGAUGAUGGGAGUGUUCGUGUUCGCUCUGCUUCUCGGACAGAUCCGCGAUAUCGUGUCAAAUGCAAAUCGCACAAGGGAGGAGUAUCGCCGACAGAUGGACAUGGCACUGUCGGAAUGCAAACGUCUGGGACUACCAAAGGAGUUGACGAAUCGUGUGCGUGAUUGGUUCAUCUACACAUGGGAACAGCAGAAAACUUUGGAUGAGAAGAAGCUCAUCGAGAAGCUGCCAUUGAAGCUUCAGACCGAUCUCGCUUUAUCCGUCCAUUACAACACGCUCAGCAAAGUGCAGCUUUUCCAGGGUGAUGUGGGCAAGGAGAUGUACAUCGUGAAUCAGGGAGUACUACAAGUCGUAGGAGGCGAAAACAACGAGACAGUCUUUGCAGAGCUCCGACAAGGAUCUGUCUUCGGCGAGAUCAGUCUGCUCGCUAUUGGUGGUAACAAUCGAAGGACAGCGUCUAUUCGAGCAAAAGGCUACUCGACGCUAUUCGUGUUGCUGAAAGAGGAUCUGAACGAUGUCAUCAAAUAUUAUCCACAGGCUCAAAUUCUUCUCAAGAGAAGGGCUGCGCAAAUGCUGAAAAACGAUAAGAAAACAGAGACGACAACCGUGGAAGAACGCGGUCUCCAGGAGACCUGCCGACUUUCCCUUGGCCUUGCAACUCCUCGCAUGUUACGUGUUGUCGCUGAGAUUUUGAGCCCGGAAAAGAACUCCACGGCACAGAUAAAAGAAGCUAUUGAUAAAGGCGAUCAGAAACGACGCCAUUCAACGUAUCCAUGGUCGGCGAUCCCUCAAGAAGAUCUGUCCGACGAUUCGGCUUUCGAAGGAGGCUCCGAAGACGACGAAAGUAACGAAAUCAUCCCAGAAAACGACGAUGCAGCGGAGGAAUAG